CAAAAUACUCAUUCCACUCUAUAAAUACAACCGUUUCUCUAACUUUCCAAAAUCACUCAACUUCUUCUCUCAUCUCUGGAAAUCAUGGCCAACUUUAUUGUGACCAGCGAAAUGGAAUACCGUGUUGUAAGAUUCAACGUAGCUGCUGGUACUUUGAGCAACCUUGUCGUAAGGAUGGUCGACUGCGAACGCACAAUAAGUCGUUGGCUCAAUGGGAACGAAGUCAUAACAUACUAUCACCGUCAUGAUACUCCCCGCCAUCCCCUUGGACCUUACGAGCAAAUCAAUCAUACGACGGAAGGAUGGCGUGUAGACACGCAAGAGGAGCUUCGUCAACGUAUUGCUACCGAUCUUUUCAAUGAUUACGAUCAGGGUUGGAACUACAAUUGGGAACCCCUUGCUGCAUUCUUGUCUGCACAUGUACAUGGCGCAGGUGGUGGAGGAGCAAAUUUCAACCUCGAAGUUGAAACAGUGGUGGUUGAUCAAGCAGUGGCGGACCAAAACCAGCCUUACUGGCAACCUUACUUUGCACAAGACGAUUACGUCGACUUAGCUAAUAGGCAGCGUGUUCCCAAUGCAUGUCCUAUAUGCUAUGAGAGUAUAGCCAACCCCGGAGCGCGGAUAGGGUUAGAAUGCGGUCACGUGUAUUGCAAGGCAUGCAUCUACCAAUGGAUUUGGAGAAGAACUGAUUGCCCGACGUGCAGAGGUGGAGUACUAUGGUGAUUGGUGGUGAGAUAUCAUCUUCUUAUCGUGAGAACCAGAUUGUGUUGCUUGUUGGUUUAGUCCCUGCGGUUUGAUUUCUGCUCUAUGACAAGUUUGAUUUAUGUUUUAAGUGUGGUUUAAUUCUGCUUUAGGACCGGUGUGCUUUAUGUUUAAGUGUGGUUUAAUUUCUUUUCGGUUUGAUUUAUGUUUUAAGUGUGAUUUAAUUUCUUUUAAGUCUAGCUAUUGAAGCCGUCUAGUCUCCUUACCAAUAAUCUAAUCUUUCUUUUACAAAAAGUUCAUAUCGUCCUCAAUUCAUGCAAAAACACUACGAAUUGUUAAAAUGUUUUUUAUACCCCUAGGCUUAUAUAUCAGAUCAGCCAAAAGGCCUUUCAUAAACGAAACAAACUAGAAAACUCGGGCCCAAACAAGAAAUCCGGAUCCUAGAAGUGGAGUAACGAACCAAAUCAAUAUGAUGAUAUUACAAUUAUACGUUUUACAGGAAACAUCAUGGAUGAGUGCGAGAUCUUCAACUAGAUAAAGUGGGCUCAUUUGCAAAAUUCUAAUGACAAGUUCAGCCAGUUUAAUAGUAACAAAAAUUGAACUUCUUGUCUCCUAUAGUUGUUACUGUGACAAAUGGUAACGGCACGCCUUAAUAAAAGACAUACUCAAAUAUUAAAUAGAAGGAACGAACAUGCACUUAUUCACCAAAAAUUUAAUUUUCAACAACUAUUGGGAGAAAGGGAAUGAGGAAAAGGAAGAAAGAAACAAAAGACCUUAAAUAGAAAUAAUCAAGACUAUUAAUAAAAAUUUGAGACCAAUAAUGUCUACAAUACCGUUAAUUGAAACAUGUCUCUUUAUUAAUGAUUAAGAGAACCAACAUUAAACACACAACAGUUAAAAGGUAACUAACUAAACACCUUAACGAACCGUUCCAAUAAAAUAAGUUAGAAAACGGGAGCGAUCGUUACACAGACUCUCAAAGAUCUUCAAUGAGAAAAUAUCAGUGGAGCCUGACAAUUUGAUUGAUAAGAUAGAUAUUAUUAAGGGAGCAAGGCUUUGAGAAACACGAGGGAAAGAGCGAUGAUAUUAGGGAGCAAGCCUUUUUGGGUCACGAGGGAAUAGAGAAGUUUUGCGGAUGUUAUUGAGGGCACAUAAGAGCAUUACCACACGCUCCAGCCCCGCUCCAAAUCCACCAUGAGGCGGUGCACCAUACCU